GCGGAGCCUUCCGAGCCCGCUCUGACAUGGUUCGCGGAACCUGGGAGGGCGCUCGACAGGAGGAGGAGAGUGGUUGACCAACGCAUUGAAAUCGCUUCACUUUUUCCGGUGCAGUAGGACACAUCUUCGGAAAUGGCAGAGGAUGUCGGAGUCUCGAGUAGUAUCUCAGCAGAGUCCAAUGGUCGACAACCAUCGCAAGUACUACUUUCCUUCUCAGGAGGGAAGGAUUCAUCCAUGGCACUGCAUGUGCUACGCAAUGAUCCCAACUUCCAUGUAGUGGGUAUCAUGGUUCAAGUAGAGAAAGAUAAUGACCGCGUGAGCGUGCAUGAGGUUCGAAGGGAAUUAUUGGAUGCUCAAGUUGCCGCCCUUCCCUCUGACUUGACCGUUUUCCAUGUGUGCCUCCCCGUCAUGAGCACCAAUUGUCAAUAUGAAGGAGCAAUUUUUGACUGCUUUGCUGAGGCCCGACAAUGUUUUCCUCUUCUGAAAUAUGUGGCAUUUGGUGACAUCUUUUUGGCGGACGUGCGCGACUAUCGCAUGGGUGUGCUAGCACGGUGGUCUGGCCAUGGUGGUUGUCCUCUCCUUCCUCUCUUCCCUCUCUGGGGUCGCGACACGACCAGAUUGGCGCGUGACUUCCUUGCGCUGGGAUUUCGUGCCCAUUUGGUGUGCGUGGAUACGACUCAACUGGACGCUACGUACGUAGGCCGGCAGUAUGAUGCUGCCUUGCUGGAUGACUUGCCAGCUCACGUGGACCUAUGCGGGGAAAAGGGAGAGUUCCACACUUUUGUCAGCGCCGGACCUGUCUUCUCGUCGACUGUCCCCGUGCAGGUGGGGCAUGUCGAAAGCAGGGGAACAGCUGGGCGGUUUGCCUAUUGCGACUUGGUACCGAGGGCAAGGGUGAAGGCGUGAGCGGAUGCUUCGGACCCUUGGGAAGCCCCGUCUUGUGUGGCGAAAGAAGGCAACAAUCGUCACAAUUCCAUGAUGUGAAAAAUAAAUAGAUGAAUCAUCUGUAGCUUGCAAACCUCUA